AUGGACAAGUCGCUUACAGCCACUCUUAUUGUCGAAGGAGGAGAGAAGCCAACCUUGACUCGCAAACAUACGUCUCUCCUAGAAUCUUCCUAUCGGAGCGACUCCGUGAUGGAUAAGAGGGACGUCGUUAAUACGGUCCCUCAGGAUCCCGGUGUUCGUGUCCUGGAGCUGCACGAAUGGAAAGCAGCAGCUGCAAGUCUGGCUGAGUCUUUUGCGGAAGACCACUGCUGCUCUUAUUUCGUGAAUACACCAGACACAGCCCACUGGACGAAGGAGCAGAAGUGGGACCUCCAUGUCCGCAUGAUGGAGUACAUAGUCUAUGCUCACCUGCUCAGAGGCCUCGCUGUGACGGCUGGGCCGAAUUAUGAUUGUGUUGGCUUAUGGAUGCCACCAGGAGCCAACAUGGACGAUCUCCUCACUCUUCUCCGUUCUGGACUCUGGCGCCUCGUCUACCAACUCAGCCGUGAAGGGCGGACACGCUUCUACUCAGAGUUUCUGCCUUUGCUCCAUGACACCAAGGCCCGCGUUUUAGGUCCCGAGAAGGACAACGAAAGCUGGUACCUCGUCUACAUCGGCACUCUUCCCCCUGGUCGCGGGAAGGGCUAUGCGAAGAAAGUCAUCGAGUAUAUUACUGCCAAGGCGGAUGUGGCGGGUCAGGUGUGUUAUUUGGAGAGUAGUCAUGAGGUUAACAGGAUCAUCUAUGGGAAAUUGGGGUUUCAGGUUCAAAAGAUGAUUUAUUUGCAGCGGGCGGAGGAGGUUGUGGGUUUGGAUAUUAUGGUUAGAGAGCCUGUGAUGAAGAGGAAUGAGGGUGAUUGA